ACAAAACGUACGAAAGAAUUAAAACAAGAAGAAGAAAGUUGCGAGUAGAGAGCUUUCGUUCCAAUUCUCUCAAGUCUCAUCUCAUUUUGUCACUGUUUCUCUCUCGAGGUUUCGAUAAUUCCGAUUCGGAACCCAAGCUCUCACUUUGACUUCUUCUCAGCUCAACUCCCUCCGCUUCCACUCGGACUCCGAAAUCCCCAACUCAGUCUCUAUUUCCAAGCGAGUCCUUCUCUCUAUCUAUCUCGCACUUUCCACCUUACGAAGAAGAAGAAGAAGAAGAAGAAGAAGAAGAAGAAGAAUGGUUGCCGAUUCGGUUACAUAAAUAACAUUUCCCAGACCACUUCAUGGUGCAUUGUUAUGAUUCGGUGAAAGUUUGGUGAAGGAACGUUUGCAGAUUUGUUCUUUUUUGGAACACUUGUUUGAUGAAUUCCCGAGAGAUUGAUCAUAAGAUUAACCAUUGCAAAAACCAGCUGCUGAUUAUAGGUAAUGUCUUGCGAAGCUAUUUGCUUUUCUCUGUUCCAUAAGAUUUAGAGGUCCAAACCUCUGUUUUCUUAGGGUUUUGGGGUUUUGUAUUCAAAUGGCGGAGUCUUUGAAUGACAAUACAAUCCAUUGUUUGAUAUGUGCUACCAAAUCAUUGAAACUAAGCUUAGAAAAGUCGAAGGCGCUAGGGUUAGCUUUAGACAGAGCUGGGCCUAGAUUAGAAGAGAUUAACCAAAGAUUACCUUCAUUGAGAGCUGCCGUCCGACCCAUUCGAGCCGAAAAGGACGCCCUUGUUGCUGUCGGUGGCCACAUUAAUCGUGCAGUAAGCCCUGCUGGGGCGGUGCUCAAGGUUUUUGAUGCUGUUCAUGGUCUCGAAAAGGCCUUGUUAUCUGACCCCCAGAAUGAUCUCCCUGGCUACUUGUCGGUGUUGAAACGCCUACAGGAGGCAUUGAAGUUUCUUGGGGACAAUAGUGGACUGGCAAUUCAGUGGCUGGUGGAUAUAGUAGAGUAUUUGGAGGAUAAUAGAGUCGCCGAUGAUCUGUACCUUUCCAAUUUGAAAAACUCCUUGAAGAAUCUUAGAGAAUUGCAGAAUGAUGGGGAGAGGGCACUCCUUGAUGGCGGGCUGUUAGAUGCCGCAUUGAAUAAGUUGGAAAACGAGUUCCAGAGGCUCUUGACUGAACACAGUGUGCCACUUCCAAUGUCUUCAUCAUCUCUUGGUAAGCAAGCGUGCAUUGCACCAUCACCUUUACCUGUAUCUGUUAUUCAAACGUUGCAAGCAAUUCUUGGGAGAUUAAUUGCUAAAAAUAGACUCGAGAAGUGCAUAUCAAUCUAUGUUGAAGUUCGUAGUUUGAAUGUUAGAGAGAGCUUACGAGCUCUUGAUUUGGAUUACCUUGAAGUUUCAGUAUCCGAGUUCAAUGAUGUGCAAAGCAUAGAUGGGUAUGUCACACGGUGGGGCACUCAUUUGGAGUUUGCGGUGAAGCAUUUGUUUGAGGCGGAGUAUAAGCUUUGUAUUGAUGUUUUUGAGAGGAUGAGAUUGGAUGUGUGGUUGGAUUGCUUUGCAAAGAUAGUUGCUCAGGCUGGUAUUCUCGCCUUUCUUCAAUUUGGAAAGACUGUUACAGAAAGUAGGAAAGACCCCAAUAAGCUUUUGAGAUUAUUGGAUAUAUUUGCAUCUUUGAACAAAUUGAGGCUGGAUUUUAACCGGUUGUUUGGAGGAGCAGCAUGUGUUGAAAUCCAGAACUUCACAAGGGAUCUCAUCAGGAGUGUAAUUGAUGGGGCAGCAGAGAUGUUCUCUGAGCUUCUGUGUCAGGUUGAGUUACAGAAACAUACCCCGCCUCCUCCAGAUGGGAGUGUUCCAAGAUUGGUAAUCAUCAUUAUCGAUUACUGUAAUAAACUGCUUGGGGAUGGCUACAAGUCAAUCCUAAUCCAAGUUCUAGUCAUUCACCGGAGUUGGAAGCGUGAGAAAUUUCAAGAGAAGCUUCUUGUUAAUGAGGUUUUGAACAUAAUCAAAGCCAUUGAGCUGAACUUGGAGACCUGGAUGAAUGUUUACGAGGAUAUCAACCUAUCCAACUUUUUUGCAAUGAACAAUCAUUGGCAUUUGUACAAGCACCUGAAGGGAACCCAGGUUGGGGAUCUCUUAGGCGAUUCUUGGUUAAAAGAACAUGAACAGUACAAGGACUAUUAUGCCACAGUCUUCUUGAGAGACAGCUGGGGAAAGCUUCCCAAUCACUUAAGCAGGGAAGGUCUGCUUUUGUUCUCAGGCGGGCAUGCCACUGCCCGUGAUCUUGUCAAGAAAAGAUUGAAAGCGUUCAAUGAAGCUUUUGAUGACAUGUACAAAAAGCAAUCUAAUUGGGUUGUGUUGGAGGAAGAUCUGAGGGAGAGGACAUGCCAAGUCAUUGUGCAGGUGGUUGUUCCAGUUUAUCGUAGCUACAUGCAGAAUUAUGGACCCUUGGUGGAGCAAGAUGCAAGUUCCAGCAAGUAUGCAAAGUACACAGUACAGAAUUUGGAGAAAAUGCUAAUGUCUCUUUUUCAGCCAAAGCCCAGGAGAUAUGGCAGUUUCAAAGGCAGACAGCCAAGUGAGAAAUUCAACAAUGGAGUAAGAGAUGAUCUUCGUCGUAUUGCCUCAUCAGUUAUGUGAUAACCUGAUUCACUUCACUCCGUGGUGGUUAAUUUAGGACAUUGCAUUAUCUAGAGCGAUAGAACUAAUGCGCAGGAACUGCCCAUUCAUUUCCUUAAUGUUCUCCCUUUGAUGGAAAUUUUGUAAUUUGUCUUACUGUAAUGAGGAAUCGAGGGCUGUCUCCCAUGCCCGAAGGGUUCUGAAAACCCAUGAGAUCUCAUAGAGUCCGAGUAAGUUAUACAAUCCUGAUGGUAAGGUCAGUGACUCAGUAGAUAAUAGAUAUACUUUAAGCCAUAGCUUCUUUUUUUUUUUUUUCCUUUUUCGUUGAGGUGUAGCUGUGAUCGAAUUCUUUAGUCAUCAGUUAUUUUGGAAUUAGGUUGUGCAUGAUGUAGGGACCUUAAGGAAAUGCUUGUUCAUGUCAAUUUUACCGGAUGCCUGUUCUUGUGGAGAACUAACGUAUGAUAAACCAUGAUCUUGGUGAAACAUUACUGACAAUGAUAUGUUCGUGUCUUUUAUCCUUUUCUUUCUUUAUUUCUUUAUUUUUUGUCUUUUUGGGGGGUUGGACGCAUAUCAAAGAGUAUUAACAUAUGUAAUUUCUGUUAACUGAUUCUUUUAGUGUUAGUUUCAAUUAGUUCUCUUAGUCAGCUGUAAUUAGUUAGUAGAAUUUGUUAGUAAUUUGUUAGCAAAGUGCCAUAACUCAAUAUUUGUAUAACAACUCAUGAUCCAUGCGUUGUACUAUAAUAUUCAUAUAAUAUAUUUAUGUAGCACAGCCAUAAUUAGCUCUUAAAAAGUUAUAACAGUCACUAAUCAUGCUGCUGAUGUUACAACUUUCUCAGUUUGUUUUUUUCUUAAUUUCUUUGCUUCUCCCUGAAACUAUUUGCUAUCUGGUUGCAGAGUUGGAUUUAACUGAUGUUUCUCCUUGUUGACGUCUUUGUUCUCCCCCCCUCCUCUUUCUGUGUUUUCGAGUAAGAUUACCACACCAGAAUCCAAACAGGAGUACAAAACAAGAGUGACAUAUGUUACUCUUGUAACAUAGGAUUCCAUCUUUGGAGUUGGAAACCUAUCUUGUCGUCCAUCAAGCGGUGAUUGUGCUAUUUGGUGGUCUCGAUGAUUCUCUUGUAACGUUCGUUGAUGACGAUGGGGCUGAUGCUUUCCAUGUUGGAAAUUCUGGAUGGUUCCUGAUGCCGUGGCACGACGCAAUACCUAGAUUUUUUGACUCAGCAGGAGCGACCCUCUCGACGAAACUAACGUUUGACUUGUCAUCCGGCGGAA